AUGCCCGAUUCGAUGGAAGCUCCGCUCAUGGACGGUCGUCCGGACCGGGACGAUGAGCUGGAUUAUCGCGAGGACGAGGAGGCUGAUGUACUUCCCGAGUCGUACAAGCAUACCCAGUCAGGACCGAGUCUCUUUGUUUGGCUCCUCACGUUUGCUGCCGGCAUCAGCGGCCUACUGUUUGGAUAUGAUACCGGUGUGAUAUCGGCAACGCUUGUUUCCAUCGAUACGUCCCUGUCGAAUCGAGUCCUUACAUCUUUUGACAAGUCUAUAAUCACAUCCAGCACGGCGUUGUUUGCAUUGCUCAUCUCUCCCUUCUCCUCCGUGGUCGCCGAUGCUCUAGGCCGCAAGCGCGUUAUACUUGUGGCCGAUGUACUUUUCAUCGUGGGCGCUUUGCUGCAGGCCUGGAGUGGCACUGUAACAACCAUGGUCUUGGGCCGGUCAAUAGUUGGCGCGGCAGUCGGAGCUGCUAGUUUCGUUGUGCCUCUGUAUAUUGCGGAACUGGCCCCUGCCAGUCACCGGGGCCGGCUCGUCACGAUGAACGUCUUGUUUAUCACUCUAGGCCAAGUUGUUGCGUAUAUUGUAGGAUGGGGCUUUGCGGUCUACGGCGACAAAUCGACGGGUUGGCGAUGGAUGGUCGGCCUGGGUGCGUUACCUGCUGCCGUGCAGUGUGCUAUCCUGAUGGUCAUGCCAGAGUCACCACGCUGGCUCGUCAUGGUGGGAAGGUCAUCCAUGGCGAGGAAAGUUGUUGAAAAGGUCCUGGGCUCAACCGUUGGCGCCAUGAGAGGCGCCGAGGCCGUGGUCAAGGAGAUCGAAAUCGAAAUCAAAGACGAGAGAGAGGUCAUGAGACGAGAAGGAACGCCUCGCCUGGAAUGGUGGGGUGGCUGGAAAGAGCUCUUUUCCGUCGGAAGAAACAAGCGCGCCCUGGUGAUCACAUGCCUACUCCAAGGCCUCCAGCAACUCUGCGGCUUCAAUUCGCUCAUGUACUUCAGCGCAACCAUUUUCACGAUGGUGGGUUUCGGAACCCCGACCCUCACUUCGCUCAGCGUCGCUGUUACGAACUUCCUGUUCACGGUUGCGGCGCUAUGUCUGAUCGACCGUAUCGGCCGGCGUAAAAUCCUGCUCUACUCCCUUCCGUUCAUGAUUGCCGGGUUAUUGCUGUCGGCGUACGGCUUCUCUUUCAUUGACUUGGGGACCGAGACGGCGGCUGCUACUGAGGCCGGUUCGGCACCGGGAGCUGGUGGGGAGCGCGGGGCGGCGGUGCUGAUUCUCAUCAGCAUUAUGUUAUAUGUCGCGGCGUACGCGCUCGGACUAGGCAACGUGCCAUGGAUGCAGAGCGAGCUAUUCCCGCUCGCGGUGCGAUCCAUUGGUAGCGGCGUGUCGACAGCGACGAACUGGGGAGCCAACUUUAUCGUAGGCCUCACAUUUCUGCCACUCAUGGACGCACUCAGCCCGUCCGGAACAUUCGUGCUGUAUGCCUUGGUAUGCUUAGGAGGGUACGGGUUAAUCUGGCGGAUCUAUCCCGAGACAUCAGGUCUAAGCCUAGAGGAGGCAACAAAUCUGCUUGAGAACGGAUGGGGGGUGCGACGAUAA